CUCAUACCUAAUCUCAGAUUCAAACGUUGUUGUCCUAAUUUGCCGGUGCCGAUGAUGGGACUGUUUAAGUAGACAUAGACCAAGGAUGUUUAUUGUAUUAUAAAUUAAGGGAACAGAAACAAGUGAGAGAGAAUACCGGCAAAAGCAGAGGGAAAAAGAGGCCAAAACAAGGCAAUGGUGCUUCGUCUUUUUAUUUUGUCAAAGAUGCAAGGACCAGCGUGCUCAAACGCCACGUCCCCCAUUUGUUCAGAAACCUCAUUCUUUACAAUUCUUCAACGUACCCAAAAUACUCAUUUCUUCAAAAUACAUCGGAGCCAUCCAUUUCUAAAGCCUUGCCCUAAAGCCAAGUCAGUUUCACUCAAAGCAUAUUCCAGCAUGGAUUUUAUCCACGUCAAGCAGGCUUCGAUAUUGAAGGAAGCUAAGCAUGCAUGCAAGAAACUUAUCAGAGAAAAUCCAGUGGAGAGUUUGCAUAUGGUUGACAUUAUCCAAAGGCUUGGCAUUGAGCACCACUUUGAAGAGGAGAUUAAAGCAGUUCUUCAAAAACAACAAUUGAUAUUAAGCAACCAUCCCUGUGAUUUUUUCAAUAGCCAUGAUCAACUCCAUGAAGUUGCACUUGCAUUUCGCUUGCUGAGACAAGGAGGUCAUUAUGUCAAACCAGAUUUAUUUGACAUUCUGAAGAGCGAGAAAAUAAAAUUUAAAGAGACAUAUGGUGAAGAUGUUAAGGGUCUCACUGCCCUGUAUGAAGCAAGUCAACUAGGAAUUGAAGAAGAUAGCCUUGACGAGGUAGGGUACCUCGUCUUUCAACAUCUUCAUGCAUGGCUUACAAGACAUGAAAAACAUUCUGAAGCUAUAUAUGUUACAAACACUCUUCGCUGUCCUCUUCAUCAUGGAUUAUCAAGAUUCAGGGACAGAAGCAUUUUUCCAAUUCAGUUCAACACCGAUAAUGAAUGGAUCACCUUCUUAGAGGAACUUGCUGAAAUCAAUUCCUGCUUGGUUAUGUUGAUGAACCAGAAAGAAAUCAUUGAAGUAUAUAAAUGGUGGAAAACCCUUGAAAUGGCGAAGGAGGAGAAAUUCUGUAGUUACCAACCUCUUAAAUGGUACCUGUGGCCCAUGGCGUGCUUCACAAAUCCAUGCCUUUCAGAACAAAGGAUUGAGCUCACUAAAUUUAUCUCUCUAAUCUAUAUUGUUGACGACAUUUUCGAUGUUUAUGGGACAUUGGACCAACUUACCUUAUUUACAGAUGCUAUUAUUAGAUGGGAAUUAGGUGGUACAGAGCAGCUUCCAGACUUCAUGAAAAUGUGUCUGAGUGUCCUUUUCGACAUGACCAAUGAUGUCGCAGAAAAGGUCUACAAAAGACAUGGAUUAAACCCUAUAGAUACCCUAAAAAGAUCGUGGGUGCGAUUGUUGAAUGCUUUCAUGGAAGAGGCACAUUGGUUGAGGAGUGGUGAUUUGCCAAGGUCAGAGGAGUACUUGAAGAAUGGAAUCGUGAGCACAGGACUGCAUGUGGUGCUUCUCCGUGCAUUCUUCCUCUUGGAUGAGUCUAUAAAUAUGGAGACUGUUGCUGUUAUGGAUAAGUUUCCUCAAAUUGUUCAUUCAGUGGCAAAAAUUCUUCGUUUAUCUGAUGAUUUGGAAGGAGCCAAGAAGAAGAGAAAGGAGUUGAUGGGUCAUAUCUUGAUUGCUACAUGAAUGAACAGAAGCACGUUUCGGCUGAAGAGGCACAAAGCCAUGUUUGCCAUUUGAUUUCAUCUGAGUGGAAAUGUCU